AUGAAAAUUGGCAACACAGUCGAAUCUCUGGCUUCCUAUUUCAAGGAAUUUCCUAAAUCUAAGGUCAUAUUUUUGGUAGGAGCAGGUAUCUCUACUUCAUGUGGUAUCCCAGAUUUUAGGUCUCCUGAAACUGGACUUUACCAUAAUCUUUCGAAGUUGAAGCUUCCAUUUGCUGAAGCUGUGUUUGAUAUUGAUUUUUAUGAAGAGAAUCCUGAACCGUUCUACACUUUGGCAAAAGAAUUGUACCCUGGAAAUUUUAAGCCCUCGAAAUUCCAUUAUAUGAUGAAGUUAUUCCAAGAUAAGAAGAGGUUGGAAAGAAUCUACACGCAGAACAUCGAUACUCUAGAGAGACUUGCUGGUAUAAGGUCGGAACUUAUAGUAGAGGCACAUGGAAGUUUUGCUGAUAAUCAUUGCAUUAGUUGUGGGGAAGAAUACCCCCAAGAGGUAUUUAAAAGCAGACUAGAAGAAUGUUCCAAAAUCGAUGGGAAAUUUGAUUAUGCUGCAUGUGUAAAAUGCCAAAGCUUUAUCAAACCUAAAAUCGUAUUCUUUGGAGAAGAUCUUCCAAAGAGAUUCUUUGAUACUUGGGCUCAAGAUUUAGAGACGAUGCAACAAUCUUCGAAAAAUGGUUCUGAAGUGGUAGUUAUUGUUGCUGGAACAUCAUUGGCUGUUUAUCCAUUUGCAAGUUUGCCUACUGAAGUACCCAACACUGUCGUGAGAGGUUUAAUGAAUAAAAAUACCGUUGGAGAUUUUUCUAAACACCCUAGAAAAUCUGAUUUCUUAUUAACUGGUGACUUGGAUGAACUAGCAACUGAAUUAAUGGAACAUUUGGGGUGGUCUAAAGAAUUCAAUGAUCUAAUAGUGACUGAAGAUAAAAUAGAUGAAUUGAUAAAUGAAAUAGAAAACUUGGAUAUAAGGAAAACUAAAGAAGAAGUAAUGGUCACUAAAGAGCUCCAAAAGGAAACAAAUAUAAAGGAAAUUGAAAUUAAAGUUCAGGAACUUGGUAAACAGAAAGCUAAAUAG